AUGAUAUCCUCGACAUGGCUUCAGGGCGGGCGAGGCCCAGGUUUCACACACCGGUUGUAUUCGGUCUUGUUCUUCCUGGUACAAAUCUCCAGCCAGCAACAUGAUCCGGUCAGGAAUUUUUGCCGCAGAUUUGGGCAUCAAACGGCCGUCAUCGACCGCAAGCUUUAUAUUGAUGGCGGCUUCAUCAACUGGAGCCCCAUGUCUCAGUACCCAGCCAACAAAUCAAACUCUUGGUUACUGUACCAAGAUCUCGAUUCUAGCAGCCCCAGUGGUAUGCCUCAACUGUAUGCUAACCUCUCGAAAAACGAAAGCAUACCCCAAGUCAGCGGUGGAGUGCUAUGGGCAGAUGACGUGAACAAACGUUUCUAUCUGUACGGCGGGGCCAUCAACGAUGCCUCGGAGCGACUGAACUCAUUCGAGCUGUGGUCAUACGACGUGCUGCAUGACAGUUGGGAUUCGUUCGGUCCCUCUAGCAUUGGCAUCCAGCGUCUAGCAUACGGUGCCGGUGUCGGUGUUUCCAGGACGGGAACAGGGUAUUACUACGGUGGAUGGAUGUCCAAUGCAACUAUUCCGGGCUGGGGAGGCCUUCCUGCCGCAUCCUCGUAUCUGGUGACAUACGAUUACGAUUCAAACAGCUGGAGCAAUGACACCGGCCCCGACGACAUCCCGCGAGCAGAAGGUUCAAUGGUCUUCAUUCCUGCUGCCGAUGGCGGCAUACUGGUUGGUAUAUCCAGGAUGCCACUGGUGACGUGCCUGACAUGCGUCGGCGGUUCUGUAUGGAUGUUUACCUGGACCGCGGACAGAUCAAGCUACAACAUCUUUCUCUAUGGCGGGGUGGGCAUUGCGCCGGACAAACAAGCCGGCUUCGACGAUGUUUACGUUCUUUCCAUCCCUAGCUUCACAUGGACCAAGCUCGAGCCAGGGGAUCGCAACGGCACAGGCAAAUACCCCCAUCACAGUUUGACAUGCAACAUGGUGCCGCCACGGAGCAAUGAUGAGUACAGCGGAGCAGGAGGUGGGCAGAUGUUGAUUAUCGGUGGCACGUUUCCGCUGACGCAGGAUUGCGACACCCCGACUCAAUGGGGCACCCAUAACCUCGACUUCGGGGCGCACGAUCCAUGGCAGAUAUACAAGGCUCAGGAAGUGCCUAACGCGGUGCCCAGCCGUGUGGUCUCAGUCAUCGGCGGCGAUUCUACUGGCGGAGCCACUGUGACGCAACCAAGUCGUGGAUGGAACAACCCGGACCUGGGCGUCGUCAUAACGCGGACCGGGCCAGUUCUGAGUGCGACACGGUCACCGACCCGAUCUAUUCUUGCUUCGACCGACCAGCCGAAAGCAACACCGAUGAAUGCAGGACAGAUCGCUGGCAUUGCGAUAGGCGCAGUGAUCACGCUCAUUGCGAUGCUCGUCUCAGCUACAACCGUUACUCUGUGUCUCCUGCGUAAGACAGGGCAGAGGAAACACCAACAACAACAUCAAGGUGCUCCAAUGAGCGAACGGGGCGGGACCGUAAACACCCAUGGAGCCGAGUUGAGUUCGGAUGGGCAGAGGUUCGAGACCGACGGGGUAGAGAAACUAGGAUGGGAGGGCCCCAUGCAGUUCACCGCAACGCCGGGAGAAGGUUCAUCACCAGUGGAAUCAUCGUACCUGCCCUUGUCCCCUUUCCUGACACCACCCAGCGGUACACUAGCCGAAGGUCGAGCCUCUCUGGCAGGCCCGGAUUUUGAUCCAUCACAGAUAGCAGAGUUGGAGGGCACCAUUGUACCGAUAGAACUGGUUGCGGGAUCUGUAGCCAACUCUGAGGCAGGGGAUCUAGAAGCUCCGAUAAACAGGGACGCAGGAAUCGACCGGCGUCACAGCACAGCACUAGACGAUAGUCAAAGCGCACAACGGCGACCUCCUAUGCCGCCGGAAGACGACAGCCUACCGAGCCUGACGGAUAGUCACGGCAAUAGCGACGCAGUGUCGCCGCUCUCACCACGCGGUCCUCCUCCACCAUUCGACCCGCCGAGGCGGGGCUGGACGCCACAGGUCAGUCAGUUGGAGAUGCCGCUCCUACCGAGCAUAAAGAGUGGUCUGCAGCGAGGGUCUUGGCGGGUCUUUUUAGAUGACAACGAAGAGUUUUGUCUCAGUCCCAAGUCGAUGGAGCCUGAUGCAUCUGGCCACGGGGCGAUGGAGACGCCAUCCGCCCCCGACCCGGGGACGCAGAGCCUCCAACUCCGCGAAGCACCCACGCCGCCGGAACUUGGCACACCGCCUAUCGAUGAUACGAGAGCAGUUGGAUGAUUUUAUAUCAUGGGCGUUCCAGCCAGCUUUCCCCAGGCCUUAUCGUGUCUAGCGUGCUGAAGCCAUCGCGGCCAUGGCUGUAUGAUUUGGCCAGUCUGUUUGUUACCUCAUAGAUCAAGGCACUGCUGGCGGCAGGUUGCUAAGCG